AUGGACGGCUUCAGAGAGACUGUAUUCAACUACGUCCAAUCUCUGGCCGAUAGGAUCCCUCAACGGGCUAAAGACUUUAUAUGCGGGUGCCUAGACGAUAUCUCCCUCUUCCACAUCACCUACGUCCUCACCCCUCUCUUCGGAUUCUAUAUUACGAGCAAUGUUUUCAUUACUACAGUAAUCUUGGUAUUGAUUACAGAGAAAACAAACCACCCAUUGAUCUUUGGCUUCUUCUUACUCCUCGAAUACGCAAACCCGCAUGCCAUAGAUAAAGUCAUCGUGGCAGUGGGACAGUCAUUAACUGCGAUUUGGGUCGAUGCUGUGCUGUUGGGGCUGAUUCUCUCGAUUCACUUCUUUCUCUCAACGAGACGUCUUCCGAGGAAGAAGUGGAUCAAGACAUGGGAGGUUGUCUCUCUUGUCAUCAACGCGGUUGUCUACCUCACCCUGUGGACUCCGAAUCACUUCCCCGACACGCAAAAUCCGGCUUUCACGGCUCUUUCCGACGAGGGGGUCCCGUUCCAGAUGACGUGGUCCCACUAUGCCUCUCUCAUUCUCCUUCUCCGCGAGGCGAAUGCCAUGUUUGAGGAGUCCGUCUCACGGACUAAGCUCGGUGCCUGGGAGACUCCCAAGGGUGGGAGGCAGUAUAUUCCCGUGGUGGUGAGGGGGUUGUUGUAUGUGAUGUUAGUUUUUGGUGUGUUGGCUUUUGCGGUGCGGUGGGUGUGGGGAUGGUGGAAGGGGGUGGAGGGUGGUGAGAUGUUUAGGCUUGGGGGGGAUUUUAGGGGGUAUGAGAGUGAUGAGAGCGAUGAGGAGGUGGAGGAGGAGGAUCACGACGACGACGACGACAAUGGUGAUGAGGACGAUGACGAAGAGGACGAUGAUGAUGAGGAUGAUGAGGAUGAUGAAGAGGACGAAGACGGGGAUGAUAGGAACAACUGGGAGGAUCAUUCUCAUUAUGGGAAAGAUAUCUAUAAAGUCUCAGAGGUUAGGGAUCCGAUUAACUACUGGGGCUGGCAGUCUGACUGCGAAGAAGAAGAAUCUCACGAACGACAUAACGAAACGCAGACCGUCACCGUCGAAGAAGACGGUGUAACACCAGGCGACGAUAACUUUCAAGACCCAUACCAGCAUUUCCUCACGCCGCGCAACAUUCAACCCUCUAGAGAAGACGACUCGUCUCUCCAUGUGGAGUAUGACAUCUACGAUGAUUUCUUGUAUGAGUAUGGUCGGAAGGACGGCAUCGGUCAGUAUGAGUAA